CUUGGUUCUCUGAAAACCCUAAAAAUUUCCCAAUUUGUGUGUCAUCCAUGGAAAUGUCAUUCUCUUCUUAAACCCCUAUUUCCCGAUUCACCUCCGUACCUCAAAUCCCGCGCUCCCUUGUAAUCAGAGAAAAUGUCUCUCCCUCCCAUAGCGUGUGUAUACGUGACAGAAGACUGUGUUCGCGAAUGGAAGAGUGGGAAUCAUGGCAUCAAGGUCUCCGAACCUGUCCCAAUGCUUCGCUUUCUCUACGAGCUCUGCUGGACUAUGGUUCGGGGUGAAUUGCCGCUUCAGAAGUGUAAAGUAGCAUUAGAUUCUGUCAUAUUUUCGGAGAAAGCUUCUGCUGAGAAAGUAGCUUCAAAUUUUGCAGAUAUAGUGAGCCAGAUGGCUCAAGAUCAUACAAUGUCAGGAGAGUUUCGUUCUCGUCUCAUCAAAUUGGCAAGAUGGCUUGUUGAAUUUGAUUUGGUUCCAGUUAGGCUACUUCACGAACGUUGUGAGGAAGAAUUUUUGGGGGAUGCUGAGUUGAUCAAAAUAAAGGCUCAGGAGUUGAAGGGAAAAGAGGUCAGAGUUAAUACACGACUUCUCUAUCAGCAAACCAAAUUUAACCUUCUCAGAGAAGAGAGUGAGGGCUAUGCAAAGCUGGUCACUCUUCUUUGUCGGAACUCCGAAGCUUCAACUCCAAAAGCAUCUGCAGCAACAAUUGGCAUUAUUAAGUCGUUAAUUGGCCAUUUUGAUUUGGAUCCAAAUCGUGUUUUUGAUAUUGUUCUUGAGUGUUUUGAACUCCAGCCCGAUGAUGACGUGUUCAUAGAGCUGAUUCCUAUUUUUCCCAAGUCUCAUGCAUCACAGAUUCUUGGAUUUAAAUUUCAAUAUUAUCAGCGCAUGGACGUCAGCAAUCCUGUUCCAUUUGGGCUCUAUAGACUUGCAGCAUUGCUGGUGAAGCAAUAUUUUAUUGAUCUUGAUAGCAUAUAUGCUCAUCUACUUCCCAAGGAUGAUGAAGCAUUUGCGCAUUAUAACACUUUCUCUUCGAAGCGCCUUGAUGAGGCUAAUAAAAUUGGAAGAAUAAACCUUGCUGCUACUGGAAAAGAUCUAAUGGAUGAUGAGAAACAGGGGGAUGUCACUAUAGAUCUGUUUGCUGCUUUAGACAUGGAAACUGAUGCAAUUGAAGAACGAACAUCUGAGCUUCAAAACAGUCAAACUCUGGGCUUGCUUACUGGCUUUCUUUCAGUGGAUGACUGGUAUCAUGCACAUAUUCUAUUUGAACGUCUCUCACCACUCAAUGCAGUGGAACAUACCCAAAUAUGUGACAGUUUGCUUAGGCUUAUUGAGAAGUCAAUUUCUUCGGCAUAUGAUGUUAUUCGUCAAGCACAUAUUCAAAAGUCUGGAUCAUCCACAGGAGGCAGCACUGAUGCUAUGGAUACAGAUAACUCUUCAGGACAAGGUUCUUUUAUAGAUCUUCCUAAGGAACUUUUUCAGAUGCUUACUUGUACAGGACCUUAUCUCUACCGUGAUACUAUAUUGUUGCAGAAGAUUUGCAGGGUGUUGAGAGGUUAUUACCUUUCUGCUCUUGAGCUUGUAAAUGGUGGCGAUGAUACCUUGAGUCCUCAAUUUCAUGUUAUUGGAAAUCCUCAUCUACACCUUAAGGAUGCAAGGCUAAGGGUGGAGGAUGCUUUAGGAGCAUGUCUACUACCUUCUUUGCAGUUGAUUCCUGCCAAUCCAGCUGUUGGCCAGGAAAUUUGGGAACUUAUGAAUCUCCUUCCUUAUGAGGUGCGAUAUCGUUUAUAUGGUGAAUGGGAAAAAGAUGAUGAACGCACUCCUAUGCUCUUGGUUGCUAGACAAACUGCCAAGUUGGACACUAGACGUAUUUUGAAACGGCUGGCAAAGGAAAAUUUGAAGCAGCUGGGUCGGAUGGUUGCCAAAUUAGCUCAUGCCAACCCAUUGACUGUCCUUCGAACAAUUGUUCAUCAGAUUGAGGCUUACAGAGACAUGAUUACUCCUGUAGUGGAUGCAUUUAAGUAUUUGACUCAGCUUGAGUAUGAUAUAUUGGAAUAUGUUGUGAUUGAGCGCUUGGCACUUGGUGGACGUGAUAAGUUAAAGGAUGAUGGCCUUAAUUUGUCAGACUGGCUUCAAUCUCUAGCUUCAUUUUGGGGCCACCUGUGUAAGAAAUACCCAUCAAUGGAAUUGCGGGGUCUUUUCCAAUAUCUUGUGAACCAGUUAAAAAAGGGGCAAGGAAUUGAACUUGUUCUACUGCAGGAGCUUAUUCAACAAAUGGCAAAUGUGCAAUACACAGAGAACUUGACUGAGGAACAGCUGGAUGCUAUGGCAGGGAGUGAGACUCUCAGAUAUCAAGCAACUUCUUUUGGAGUAACUCGAAAUAAUAAGGCGUUGAUAAAGUCAAGUAGCAGACUUAAAGAUGCAUUACUUCCAAAAGAUGAACCGAAGUUGGCGAUCCCCCUCUUACUGCUUAUUGCUCAACAUCGUUCUUCGGUUGUCAUCCAUGCAGAUGCACCCUACAUUAAGAUGGUUAGUGAGCAGUUUGAUAGAUGCCAUGGAACUCUUCUUCAAUAUGUGGAAUUUCUUUGCAGUGCAGUUACACCAGCGUCAAAUUAUGCUAUUCUUAUUCCCUCACUCAAUGACCUGGUCCACCUUUACCACCUGGACCCUGAGGUUGCUUUCUUGAUAUAUCGCCCUGUGAUGAGGCUUUUCAAGUCUCAGAGGAGUCCUGAGGUUUUCUGGCCCUUGGAUGAUAAAAAUGAUGCAAGUGAUGCAUCUACUAGCUUUGAGUCUGACCCUGCAGAUCAUUCUUGUAGUAUGGUUCUAGAUCUUGGCUCUGCUCAAAAUCCUGUAAGUUGGUCAUAUCUUCUUGAUACUGUUAAAACCAUGUUGCCUUCAAAAGCAUGGAAUAGCCUAUCUCCUGAUCUUUAUGCAACAUUUUGGGGUCUCACAUUAUAUGAUCUGUAUGUUCCGAAAAAUCGUUACGAGUCAGAAAUAGCCAAGUUGCAUGCUAACCUUAAAUCUUUGGAGGAGCUUUCUGACAAUUCAAGCUCAGCAAUCACCAAGAGGAAGAAAGAAAAGGAAAGAAUUCAAGAAUCUCUUGAUCGUCUGAUUAGUGAACUCCAUAAACAUGAAGAGAAUGUGGCAUCCAUCCGUAGACGGCUUUCUCGUGAAAAAGACAGAUGGUUAAGUUCCUGUCCCGAUACUUUGAAGAUCAACAUGGAGUUUCUUCAGCGUUGUAUAUUUCCUCGCUGUACUUUCAGUAUGCCAGAUGCUGUUUAUUGCGCUAUGUUUGUGCACACACUUCAUUCCCUUGGAACCCCCUUUUUUAACACGGUCAAUCACAUAGAUGUUCUGAUAUGUAAGACCCUACAACCAAUGAUAUGCUGCUGCACUGAAUAUGAGGCAGGCAGGCUUGGCAGGUUUCUGUAUGAGACUUUGAAGAUUGCUUACUAUUGGAAGAGUGGUGAAUCUAUAUACGAACGUGAGUGUGGAAACAUGCCCGGCUUUGCUGUUUAUUAUAGAUAUCCAAACAGCCAGCGAGUUACAUAUGGGCAGUUCAUUAAGGUUCACUGGAAGUGGAGUCAAAGAAUCACUCGGUUACUAAUUCAGUGUCUGGAAUCCAGCGAGUACAUGGAAAUUAGAAAUGCUCUUAUAAUGUUGACAAAAAUUUCUAGUGUUUUCCCUGUUACUCGGAAGAGUGGGAUAAACCUUGAAAAGCGGGUAGCUAAGAUUAAAAGUGAUGAAAGAGAGGAUCUUAAGGUGUUGGCAACUGGUGUUGCAGCAGCAUUGGCUGCUAGGAAGACUUCUUGGGUUACCGAUGAAGAAUUUGGUAUGGGUUAUCUUGAGUUGAAGCCUGCACCAUCUAUGACUAAAUCUUCAGCUGGAAAUUCAGCAGCUGUGCAAAGUGGGAUAAGUCUUAAUGUUUCUCAAACUGAAUCUGCCAGCGGAAAACAUUUGGACUCCGGAAACGCAGUCAAAGACCAGAUAAUAAGAACAAAAACUACAGACGUGAAGUCAGAAAGAACCGAAAGCAUUACAUCCACAAAAUCUGAUUCUGGCCUUGUGAAAAUCAAGGGUAGUUCGAUGGUAAAUGGAUUGGAUGCUCAAUCUUCCUUACCCUCAUCUGCUGUACAAUCUGGAACAUCAAAAUCUAUGGAAAACCCUAAGCAAGUGGAAGAAUCCAUAAACAAAGCAUCGGAUGAACACAUGACAAGAACUGCUGAGGCAAGAACUUCAGCAAAACGUUCAGUGGCUGCUGGCUCACUUUCAAAACCCUCAAAACAAGAUCCUGCAAAAGAGGAUAAUAGGUCUGGAAAAGUUGUUGCUAGAAGUUCUGGUUCCUCGAGCAGUGACAAGGAUCUACAAACUCAUGCAUCAGAGGGAAGACACACUGGAAUUACCAAUACAUCUUCAGUUAGUGGUAAUGGUAACACCGUUUCAGGCUCUGCAAAAGGUUCAGCUCCAUCAGCAAAGAUUUCAUUGGAUGGUCCUGGUAAUGAAUCAAAGGCAGAGGUUGGAACUGCCAAGUCUUCUGAUAUUAGGGCUUCUAUGGGGAAGGAUGAUGGAAAUGAUGUUUCGGACUUCACAAGAGGAUCCUCUUCUCGUGUAGUUCAUUCCCCCAGGCAUGAAAACACAGUUGUUACUUCAAAAUCUAGUGAUAAAGUUCAGAAACGAGCUGGUUCUGCUGAAGAACCAGACAGACUAGUUAAACGGCGGAAGGGGGAUAUAGAGCUAAGAGAUUUAGAGGGUGAUGUUCGAUUCUCUGAAAGGGAGAAGCUGGUGGAUCCUCGAUUGGCUGAUGACAAAUCAGGACCAGAUGAAUUUGGUCUGUACAGGGCAGGUGAUAAGCCACUGGAAAGGCCAAAAGACAAAGGGAACGAAAGAUAUGAAAGGGAACACAGGGAAAGAUUGGACCGUCUGGAUAAGUCUCGUGGUGAUGACUUUGUUGCAGAAAAACCUAGGGCUAGGUCAAUAGAAAGAUAUGGAAGAGAACGAUCUGUUGAAAAAAUGCAAGAGAGGGGUAGUGAGAGGAAUUUAAGUAGACUCCCUGAGAAGGCUAAGGAUGAAAGAAGUAAGGAUGAUAGAAGUAAGUUAAGAUACAAUGAUGCAUCAGAAAAAUCUCAUGCUGAUGAUCGCUUCCAUGGGCAAAAUUUGCCUCCUCCACCCCCUUUACCUCCUAAUAUGGUUCCUCAAUCUGUUGGUGCUGGUAGGCGUGAUGAAGAUGCUGAUAGGAGGUAUGGAGCUACAAGGCAUUCUCAAAGACUUUCUCCAAGGCAUGAAGAAAAAGAACGGAGACGGUCUGAAGAAACUGUGGUUCCUCAGGAUGAUGCAAAACGCAGAAAAGAAGAUGAUUUUCGAGAUCGAAAACGUGAGGAAAUGAAGGGUGUUACAGUUAGAGUGGAAGAGAGGGAAAGGGAGAGGGAAAGAGAGAAAGCAAGCAUUCUAAAGGAAGACUUGGAAUUAAAUGCUGUAUCCAAGAGACGUAAACUUAAGAGGGAGCAUCUACCAACUGGUGAACCUGGGGAGUACUCACCAGUGGCCCCUCCACCUCCUCCCCCUGUUAUUGGUAUGUCACCAGCGUAUGAUGGAAGAGACAGGGGAGACAGAAAGGGACCUAUGAUCCAGCAUGCAGGUUACAUAGAUGAACCAAGUCUCAGGAUUCAUGGUAAAGAGGUUGCCAGCAAACUGAACCGUCGUGAUUCGGAUCCCUUGUAUGACCGUGAAUGGGAUGAUGAGAAGAGACAAAGAGCUGAUCAAAAGCGAAGACAUAGGAAGUAACAAAUCAGGGGGGAUUUCGCAAGCAAACUUAUUGGAAGAUUGAUCAUUUCUUGCUGGUGCUAUGAUGCUAACUUUGUGCAUGAGUUGAGGUGCUGGUUCACAUCAUUUUUAACUGCUACCCCCUCAUUUUCUUGUAACUUGUACCAAAUUUUCAGCUGUUCAAAUUAUUUGGUCUUCUUUCUUAUGUCAAUGCGAAGAAAUUAUGAAUUGACUUAUACACUUGUAUAUAGUGUUGUAUAUUCUAGGUAGCCAAUGAUAUAUGUAUUCUGUGAAACUGUGAUUAAUUCGUCUGAACCUUCAUUUACAUGAGUAAUCCAACCUAAGAUAAAUGAAUUUUUGUAGACUGUGUAACUGUUUUACUGAUCUUAAU